CUCUAUGCUUAUAUAAGAUUCCAAUAUUUGUUCCACGAUUUCCCCAACAAACGGCCUUGGCUUUUCUUUCAUCUCAUCUAUGAACUUAUUUCACUCCCUCUCCUCGUGACAACAACUACUCACUGCUUCAGCUUCUUCUCUCUUUGUCCAAACCAUAGCUUAUUAGCUACCUAUUAUACUAAACAAACAAACUAGUUGUAGUAACAACCGUGUAUUAUCAUCCUUAAUUAAUGCAAUGGCAAUAGACUGCAUAACAAGCAUACAACACUCCAUGGUGCCUCAACAAGAAACCAAAGAUGAAGAACAGCCACCAUUGGUUUUUGAUGCCUCAGUUCUCAGGCACCAGCUUCAUCUUCCAACACAGUUCAUCUGGCCUGAUGAAGAGAAAGCCUGCUAUGAUGUGCCAGAGCUUGCAGUUCCAUUCAUUGACUUGAGAGGGUUCCUCUCAGGUGAUCCAGUUGCAGCAAUGGAAGCUUCAAGGCUUGUUGGUGAAGCAUGCCAAAAGCAUGGCUUUUUUCUUGUUGUCAAUCAUGGGAUUGAGAAAAAGUUGAUCUCUGAUGCUCAUCUUUUCAUGGAAGACUUCUUUGAACUUCCCCUGUCUCAGAAACAGAGGGCUCAGAGGAAAACAGGGGAGCACUGUGGUUAUGCCAGCAGCUUCACUGGGAGAUUCUCAUCUAAGCUUCCUUGGAAAGAGACACUGUCCUUUCAAUUCUCAGAUGAAAAAACCUCAUCAAACCUUGUCAAAGACUACUUAUGCAAUACAAUGGGAGAUGAUUUUGAGCAAUUUGGGGAGGUUUACCAGGACUAUUGUGAAGCUAUGAGCAAUCUUUCUUUAGGGAUAAUGGAGCUUUUAGGGAUGAGCCUUGGAGUUGGUAGAGGCUAUUUUAAGGAGUUCUUUGAAGAGAACAGUUCAAUAAUGAGGCUCAAUUACUACCCUCCUUGUCAAAAGCCAGACCUCACUUUAGGCACAGGGCCUCAUUGUGAUCCAACAUCUUUAACUAUUCUUCACCAGGACCAAGUGGGAGGCUUGCAAGUUUUUGUUGACAAUGAGUGGCAUUCCAUUAGCCCAGAUUUGAAUGCUUUUGUUGUCAAUAUUGGUGAUACUUUCAUGGCUCUUUCAAAUGGGAGAUACAAGAGCUGCUUGCACAGGGCAGUGGUGAACAGCGAGAAGACAAGAAAAUCUCUUGCUUUCUUUUUGUGUCCCAGAAAUGAUAAGGUGGUAACUCCACCAUGUGAGUUAGUGGACAGUUGCAACCCAAGGAUCUACCCAGAUUUCACAUGGCCUACGUUGCUUGAGUUCACACAGAAGCACUAUAGAGCUGACACCAAAACCCUUGAGGCAUUUGCCAACUGGCUUCAACGUAAAAGGAACUGAAAUUCAACAAGCACAUGAAGGGUAUGAAAUGUUAGUCUUUGAUCACCCAAGAAGAAAAUGGACACUCAUGUCGAAGAUUGUUAUUUGAGGAAAAGAAAAAAGAAGAGGAGACACAGAAUAAGAAUUUCUUCAUGUUUUUGAGUGUGGUACACUCUGUAAUUGAAUGAUGAGCAAAGCAGGGAAGUUAAAAUAGUUCAAAAGAAUCAAUAAGCAAAAUUGGUCUGGUGAUUCUGUAAUUUUUAGUUCAUGAUAUAGAAGGUUUCUUCAUGAGUGCAUGUGAUGUGUGUAUAUACGACAUGGAAAUUGAAGCAACAUUUCUUAAUCGAAAUUGAAUUUUUAAAAGGUGAA